ACUUCUGAAACAAAACAUCUCUGCCACAGUGCUUUUCCACAUGACGUACGGUUGCUAACUGAUUUUACCUUUUUCCUCUCCCGUUUUCACACAAAUUCAGAGAGGUUUAUCGUGGUGCGGGGCUGAAGCGGGGACUAUGCCUGUGGAAAGAACGGAGCACGGCGUGGCCGAAGAGCUCCACAGAUACUAUGAGGUUUAUGAGACUAUCGGCUCAGGAGGCUUUGCCAAAGUCAAGCUGGGUCGACACAUCUUGUCGGGAGAGAAGGUUGCCAUUAAAAUCAUGAACAAGAAGGAUCUAGGGGAUGACCUGCCCCGUGUGAAGGUGGAGAUCGAGGCCAUGAAGAACCUGAGUCAUCAGCACGUCUGUCGUCUCUACCAGGUCAUAGAGACCUCCACCCAGAUCUUCAUGGUGCUGGAGUACUGUCCAGGUGGGGAGUUGUUCGACUACAUCAUCGCAAAAGACCGUCUGUCAGAGGAGGAGACCAGGGUGUUCUUCAGACAGAUUGUGUCUGCGAUGGCCUAUGUCCACAGCCAGGGAUAUGCACACAGAGACCUCAAACCGGAAAACCUGCUGAUUGAUGAAGACCACAACUUGAAGCUCAUAGACUUUGGAUUGUGUGCCAAACCGAAGGGAGGUUUGGGUUAUGAGCUGAUGACGUGUUGCGGAAGCCCUGCGUACGCUGCUCCUGAACUCAUCCAGGGAAAAGCAUAUAUUGGUUCAGAGGCGGAUGUGUGGAGUAUGGGGGUGCUGCUGUUCGCCCUUCUCUGUGGAUACCUACCCUUUGAUGACGACAACUGCAUGGUCCUCUACAAGAAGAUUACAAGAGGUAAAUAUGAUAACCCCCAGUGGCUGUCUCCAGGUAGUGUCCUGCUCCUCAACCAGAUGAUGCAGGUGGACCCCAAGCGGCGUCUGACAGUUCGACAGCUGCUGGACCAUCCGUGGGCGAUAACAGACUACAACAGCCCCGUGGAGUGGCGUAGCAAGCAGCCGCUCGGCCACAUCGAUGAGGACUGUAUCACCGAGAUGGCUGUCAACAUGAAGCGAUCGAGGGGGAGCACCAUGGCACUGGUCAAGGAGUGGCGGUACGACCAGACUACAGCCACCUACCUGCUGCUGCUGUCAAAGAAGAAGAGGGGCAAACCUGUCCGCCUGCGCCCCAAACCGACCGUGUGUGAGGACUCCUGCUCUCCACUGCACCAGGGACUACAGGCGAGGGAAGCCCUUCACUUCAGCGAGGACGAGGACGCCGUGAUUGUGGGUUCUCUGGACUUUGGCUCGGACUACAUUGACGACUGCCCGUGGAUUCAAGGCAAGCAAUACACACCCAAGGGAGUCCGAGGUCAGCCCGAUGGAGCAGCGAACCACAAAGACGCGAGACCAGCGGAGAAAAGGUACGCUUACAGCCCGACCCCAGAGAGGGGCCGGACCGCAGCGCAGCACCGCCAGUACAGGAGGAACCGAGACCAAGAGCGAGCCUGCGAGAACAAGGAGAACAUCACCGUGCAGGAGAAAGACAUCGAGAUAUUUGCGUUGCCUCCUCCUCGCACUCCUGCUUCCAGUAAGAAGAGCGCACGGCCCAACAAGAACGUGUUGACCACGCCCAACCAAAAUGCUCACGUCAAUGGCGCCAAAACCAAGGCAGUCACACCUAAAGCUGGAGGCAGUGCCUCUAAAGAGCACAUUAAGAAGAGAGCAGCAGAGCUCAAGGAGCUGGCGGACGUUGAAAUACUGGCCUUCAGUCCUGAGCGAAGGUCUCGGUCGUUGGACAUGGCGGUCACAGAAGACAGCGGGAAGAAGAAGAGGGGAGGAAACGUGUUCGGUUCCCUGGAGAGAGGCCUGGACAAGAUGAUCACCAUGCUCACCCCCAGCAAGAGGCGAGACGGCCCGCGCAAGAUCAAGGCGCAGUACAACGUUACUCUGACCAGUCAGACCAAUCCAGACCAGAUCCUCAACCAGAUCCUCUCCAUCUUGCCGGAGAAAAACGUUGAUUUCACACAGAAGGGAUAUACCCUGAAGUGUCGGACAUGGGGUGACUUCGGGAAGGUCACCAUGGCGUUUGAGCUGGAGGUGUGCAUGCUGCAGAGGCCGGAGGUCAUCGGGAUCCGGCGCCAGAGACUGAAGGGAGACGCCUGGGUCUACAAGCACCUGGUGGAGGACAUCCUCUCCUCGUCCAGUAUCUAAAUCAUUGCACUUUCCUAACAACGUCACUUCGUGGUCCAAGUCCAAUGGACACUGGCCUUUUUGUGUCCAAGAAGAAAUGAUGUCUGAUCAGGGAUGGAUGCACAGAUUCAGACACGGGAAGGCGUCUCGGCACAUUAAUUAUUAGCCCUUCAUUAUUCAUAGUGAAUAUUUCAACCUGUCCUUAGGCCAGCCUGCAAUCCCCAGAGUACAUGUUACAUGAAAGGUGCAUUACAUGCCAGGAUCCUGUACAGCGUAUCUUGUUUUAUGUAGAGCAUUGUUCUUUUACUUCAUAAUUAUUAAACUGGAGAACGCUAUGAACUGUAUAGCUUCUGGCUGCUUAUUACCAUAUUUAUGUUUCGAUGUUGUUAUUCUCCCGUGUAGAUGUAAUUUACUGUCAUUAAUGUACAUGUUUACAUGGUUGUGUUGUACGAAGCGUCUGCUUAUAUUUCUCAUUGGUGCUUGUCUAGUUUUUAUUGUCUGUCGCGUUGUGUCUGUCACAUUUCUAUUGACAUAAAAGGAGCGAAAUAAAUGGUUUCCCGUAA